AUUAUCGAUCAGAAGGAUUUAAAUAGUCGCCAGAGGAGAUGGACAGAGUUGUUGAAAGAUGAUGAUUGUACCAUUGAUUACCAUCCAGGUAAAGCUAAUGUAGUUGGUGAUGCUUUGAGCAGAAAAGGCAAGAAGAAUAUAACAGAUCUGGUUGAUUUGAGGUCAAUGAAUGUUGAUUUGGAAGUGGAUGGUGUAACAGGGUUACUAGCUCGGUUGAACAUUCGACCUUUGUUGCACGACAAAGUUCGUGAGAAGUAGAAGGAGGACCCAGAGUUGGAAAAAAUCAUUCAAGACAUUGCGGAAGGAAAAGAAAGCCCAUUUGAAAUGGUAGAUGGCUUGUUGAAGAUGAAUGGAAGAGCAUGUGUUCCUAAUGUUGAUAACUUGAGGAAAGAGAUCAUAGAUGAAGCUCAUUCUUCUGCUUAUGCUAUGCACCCAGGAGCAACUAAAAUGUAUCACACGAUCAAACCAUAUUUUUGGUGGCGUGGGAUGAAAAAGGAAGCGGCUGAACAUGUUUUCACAUGUCUGGUAUGUCAGAAAGUUAAGGCAGAACAUCAAGCUCCUGUGGGAAAACUGCAACCACUUCCAAUUCCAUAAUGGAAGUGGGAAAGAAUCACAAUGGAUUUUGUAUAUGGUCUCCCAUCAUCACAGGGAAAAGAUGCGGUAUGGGUUACUGUGGACCGACUAACCAAAUCGGCUCACUUUUUACCCAUUAGGUGGAAACCAUCACUGGAGACUUUGUCUCAACUAUAUAUUAAGGAGAUCGUCAGAUUGCAUGGUGUGCCAAUUUCUAUUGUCUCUGAUCGAGACCCGAGCUUCACAUCUCGGUUUUGGCAAAGUUUACAUGAUGCCUUGGGAACUAAAUUACUUUUUUACUUCAGCUUAUCAUCCUCAAACAGAUGGGCAGAGUGAACGAACCAUCCUAACUUUGGAGGAAUUACUUCGAUCAUGUGUAAUGCAAUGGGAGGAAUCAUGGAUUGACCAUAUGCCCUUAAUUGAGUUUGCUUACAACAACCAGUACCAUAGUAGCUUGGGUGUUCCACCAUAUGAAGCACUUUAUGGGAGGAAGUGUAGAACACCAUUAUGUUGGGAUGUAGAAGGAGCAAGGCAAAUCUCAGGGCCAGAGAUAGUUCAGAUCACAGUUGACAAAGUCAAGGAAAUCAGGGAGCGUUUGAGGGUGGCUCAAGAUCGACAGAAAGUUUAUGUUGACACGAAUAGGCGUGAAGUUAAUUUCGAAGUGGGUGAGAAAGUAUUUCUCAAAGUUUCACCCUGGAAAGGCGUAAUGAGAUUUGGUAAGAAAGGGAAACUUGCACCUCGGUAUAUUGGACCUUAUGAAAUCAUAGAGAAGAUUGGACCAGUGGCAUAUAAACUGGCAUUGCCUCCAGAACUAUCUCAAAUCCACAAUGUAUUUCAUGUUAGUAUGCUGAAGAGGUACAAAGUGGAUCCUUCCCAUAUUAUACAACCAGAAGAUAUCGAGUUAGGUCCAGAUUUGACAUUUGAAGAGCUUCCAGUUGAGAUUGUUGAUUACCAGAUUAAGAAUCUUCGUAGGAAGGAAAUCCCAAUGUUGAAAGUGGUUUGGAGAAAUCAAGAUAGUGAGAGUGCUACCUGGGAGACUGAAGCAAGUAUGCGAGAGAAGUACCCGGAGUUGGUAGCGACCUACUUUAAAAGUUAACAAUCUUGCUUAGUAAGUAACACGCAACCCUCUUGGCCUCCUCACUUGUGCUUGUACGCAAACCCUAAGGUUUCUCCUGUGAUGAUGCCUCAAGUGACGAUGAUUGUGCCGCUUGCUUUGUUCCCAAACAGAGAUAAUUCUUGCAGCUCUAUGAAAAUAAUCAAGGUAACAAAUUACUUUAGACAUUAAAUAUAAAAGCUUUACAGAGAGAUAAAAAAAAUAGUGAAGUUAGAAAACCCUAUCCUCUCCACCAUUACUACCCUCAUCCUUUCCUACCUCCCUCAAACAAAAACCCUUUUUGUAACAUGCAACUAGUAAAUUAACAACAGCAAAAUAGAAGCAAGAAACUAAUACAAAACCAGAAAAGAAAGAAUAAAUUCAACGAAGUUACUAAGCUCUUACUGCACUUCCUACCCGCAUCCGUCGUAAACAAAGCCUCUCCGCCAUUACUACCCCAUCCUUUCUUUCCUCCAUCAAACAAAAAUCCUAUAAGUAACACGCAACCAGAAAAUUAACAACAUCAAAAUAGAAGUAAGAAACCGUGCAUCAUCAAUACCACAAAACCCAAAUAAACCUCCUCAUAUAGGUCUUCCCCUUAUUCAUACGCCUUUUCAAUACAGAUAACUAUUUAAUUCAAAAUCGCCAAACAAACCCUCAUCAGAAAACAAAGAAUCAAUACGAAAACAUCAAAGAAGAAAAAACAAAGAACAAU